GAGAGCGAGCGCAAAGGGGCAGGACUCUUUCUCUCUCUGGUGCUUUUAAGAGGAAACUUUGUGUUUUGUUCUCCAAGUUCACUUUAGUUCUCGCUCCUCUCUCAUCCUGCCUUCAUGCGCUUAUUUCCGUGACGCGUGAGAUGCGCACCGGGACAUGGAUCAGUCCAGCUCCAAUUAAAGCUGCGUUUCGGAUCGUAAUGUUUCCAAAAGUUUUCUGCACCGGAUUGAACUGCAUGGAAUGAUGUGGCGGAUCGUUUUGCUGUGUUGCGCUCUGGAGGGUUCCGUUGCGUUCCGUCCACCUGCGAACGCGUCUCUUCUCGCACCUGUCCGCGGCGUGGUGCGCACUGUGGAUCGGAUUUAUCACGGAGGAGGAAAAGCGGGUUAUCUUCUGUACAUAGACGAGCAGCGCUUCCAGCUGGAUAUGGAGCGGGAUGAGUCUAUACUGUCUCAUCACUUCAGUUUGAACGCAGACGCGCCGCCGCCGCGUCGGGAAUGCGUUUACCGCGGCACCGUCAACUCAAACGCGGAGUCGCUUGCGCUUUUCAAUCUGUGCAGCGGCGGACUCGACGGGUUUUUCGCAGUGGAUGACGCGCGGUACACCGUCACGCCGCUCAUCCGAGCCGACGCGACGCGCGCUCUCCACUAUUACACGCGCGAGAGCUUCGAUUUCGACGCGAUGCCAGCGCGGCACAGCUGCGGCACGCGCGACCGCAAAGCGCGGAACGCGAAGCGCGACGCGCUGACGCGACGCAAGCGCUCCGUGUCCCGCGCGCGGCACGUGGAGCUGCUGCUGGUCGCGGACGCGUCCAUGACGAAGAAGUACGGGAAGGACCUGCACCAUUACCUGUUGACGCUCGCGUCCAUCGCGUCCAAACUCUACGGCCACGCCAGCAUCGAGAACCCCAUCCGCCUGUCGGUGGUUAAAGUCGCGAUCCUGUCCGAGAACGAGAAGGGCAUCGAGGUGACCAAGAACGCCGCCGCGACGCUCAAGAGCUUCUGUAAAUGGCAGAAUCAGCAGAACCCUCUGGAUGACGAUCAUCAGCAUCACCACGACGCGGCGAUCCUCUUCACCAGGCAGGAUCUGUGCGGUCAUCACUCGUGCGAUACUCUCGGUAUGGCUGAUGUGGGAACUGUGUGUUCACCGGAGCGGAGCUGCGCAAUCAUAGAGGACGAUGGGCUUCACGCAGCCUUCACCGUGGCACAUGAGAUCGGGCACCUGCUGGGUCUGUCCCAUGACGACUCUAAGUUCUGUGAGGAGCGAUUUGGCUCCAGUGAAGACAAGCGGCUGAUGUCGUCCAUCCUGACCUCCAUCGACGCGUCCAAACCCUGGAGCCGCUGCACCUCUGCCACCAUCACUGACUUCUUCGACGACGGAAACGCGGAGUGUCUGCUGGACGCUCCUCGUCUGCCUCUCUUGGGUCCGGAGGAGCUGCCGGGUCAGAGAUACGAUGCGGUCCAGCAGUGCCGCCUGGCCUUCGGGCCGGAGUACACCGUGUGUCCCGGGAUGGACGUGUGCGCGCGUCUGUGGUGCGCCGUCAUCAGGAAGGGACAGAUGGUGUGUCUGACCAAGAAGCUUCCAGCCGUGGAGGGAACGCCGUGUGGGAAGGGCCGGAUCUGUCUGCAGGGGAAAUGUGUGGACAAAACCCGAAAGAGACACUACUCGAUGUCGAAUCACGGCAGCUGGAGCUCCUGGGGUCCGUGGGGUUCGUGUUCUCGGACGUGUGGCGGGGGUGUCCAGUUUGCACAUCGUCUCUGUAACAACCCUCCUCCCCGAAACAACGGCCGCUACUGCACCGGGAAGAGAGCCGUCUACCGCUCCUGCAGCAUCACGCCAUGCCCUUCAGCCGGGAAGAGUUUCCGUCAGGAGCAGUGUGAGCUGCGUAACGGCCCUCAGACGGACCCUAAAGGAGUGAAGACCUUCGUGGAAUGGGUGUCGAAGUUUGCCGGCGUGCUUCCCAAAGACAUGUGCAAACUCACCUGCAGGGCCAAAGGGACGGGAUACUACGUCGUGUUCUCGCAGCGGGUGGUUGAUGGGACGGAGUGCCGGCCGUACAGCAGUUCGGUGUGUGUGAAGGGGAAGUGCGUUCGCACCGGCUGCGACGGGAUCAUCGGCUCUAAACUUCAAUAUGACAAGUGCGGCGUCUGCGGCGGCGACGGAAACAGCUGCAUCAGAGUGGCUGGAAACUUCACCAAGAAGAGCAAGGGCUACACAGAUGUGGUGAAGGUUCCCGAGGGCUCGACGCACCUGAAGGUCCGACAGUACAAAGCCAAAGGCCAGUCGCGCUACACAGCGUAUCUGGCGCUGCGGCGGCCCGGAGGAGAAUACCUGCUCAACGGGAAGUUCAUGAUCUCCACGUCCGAGACCAUCAUCCCCCUCAAUGGCUCCGUUCUCAACUACACUGGCUGGAGUCAGCGGGACGAGGCCCUUCACAGCAUGGGCCCCGGGGCCCUUCAGGAAAGCCUGGUGGUGCAGAUUCUGGCCACGGAUUCUAAGAAACCACUAGACAUCCGCUACAGCUUCUUCAUGCCUCGCAAAAUGCCGCUUCCGCCGCGAACGGUCGCCGUGUCUUCAGGAACCGCCGCGGCGCUGUCCUCAGUGGAGAUUGUGACGUUUACGACCGAGGUUCCUGCGACGAUGACGAUGCCCGCGGGGCCGCGCUGGGUGACGGGAUCGUGGAUGACGUGCUCCAGAACUUGCGAUACGGGUUGGCAGAGUCGCACGGUGCAAUGCAAGGACCCUCAAGGGAAGCUGUCCAAGAGCUGCCCGCUCAGCACCCGGCCGUCGGCCUUCAAACACUGCCUGAUUAAAAAAUGUUGAGGACCCCUCAAUCAGACGAACUUCCUGACUGAGCUUCGUGAAGCACGUAGACUGAACCGUUGCAGUUGCGUUCCGAUCACUGUGGGAUUCUGCUAGCGUUCACAAUUGUGUUGCGUUGUGACUCUGGAGCUUUGGCUGUAGCCUUGAAUGUGGUGACGUUCAGCCACGCCCCUUUGACAAGGCCACGCCCCUUCCUUCGAAUGACACACCCCUUGAGUUCACACUGGCAGUGAUUUAAAGCAUUUCUGUAGUGUUUGAGGCUCUGGCUUCACAUGAGUCAAUGUUCAGCCACGUCCAUUUGACAAGGCCACGCCCCUUCUUUCAAAAGACACGCCCCCUGAGUUCACACUGGCAGUGAUUUAAAGCAUUUCUGUAGUGUUUGAUGUUAAGAUGUGUUCACAUUAACCAUUGAUAAAAUGGAAUGUUCUAUUAACGUUCACAUAACCAAGAAAAAACAUUUUAAAAACGUUCAGAAACAGUGUUUUCAUAACUUAAUGGGAACAUUAGCCUAACAUUCUGUAUCAAUAUCAUAUGCAAAAAAACAGAGAGUGUUGGGAAUCCCUCAAUCAGACUAACUUCCUGAAUCCUGCUAGUGUUCGCAAUCGCGUUGUGACUCAGACAAGGAGCUUUGGCUCUAGCCUUAAAUGUGGCAACUUUCAGCCACGCCCCUUUAACAAAGCCACACCCACUGGUCCAAAAGCCACGCCCCUUAAGUUCACACUGGCAGUGAUUUAAACCAUUGCCAUAGAGUUUAAUGUUAAGUUGCAAUCACAUUUACAGUUGCUCUGUGUGAUCAAGUCAUUCCAAUUGGAUUCCAACGACUGCGUGAAAAAGCGUACCCACGUAGGUUACACUUUUUUCCAUUGACCAACAGAAAACCGCUUGGGUUCAAAGGGACUUCUGUGUGACUGGCACUUCAUACAUCUCUAUUUUAUAGACAGCAGACAUUGGACCGUUUUGGUUCACGAAAUUUCACUGGGAUUUUGCUAAUGUGACCGCAACUUCGACUGUAGGGCUGCGCGAUAUAUAGCGUAAUGUAAUUUCCUUAUGAUUUGUGCUUGCGUAAAAGUGCUAUAAUUCUGAUUCUGAAAUCUAAAAAGGAAUUUCUCAAACCUAGAACCUUUGUGAUUUUGGAGCAAAAUAAUCAGGAUUUUCAGAUUACCGUGCCACCCUACUUGAUUGCAUUAUUCAACUAUAUCAGUCUGCGCUCCCAUUGGUUGUCAUCGCAUUUAGUCACAGCUUAUUUGUAUAAAGCUGGACCAAGUUGUCAAUAAUUGUCAACAGAUUUACUGAUCGCUGUUAGCGUGAACAACCUGUUUAGGGUCCCUGUAUCACCCAUAAGAAAUAAGCUUCGACUGCAGGAACGGAAAGGUUCAUGCAGAAUGCUGAUUUUCCGGAGUGAAUCUCAUAAGACUAAGACAAACUGGGAAUAUGACUGACCGCCGGUCCGUUCCUGAGCUCGUUUUCAGGGAUUGAGCUGACGUUGAUGUGUUUGUUCCUCUGUGCUCCAUGUUUAUGUCCGUUUGAGUCUCCCACAAUGAACUGAUCUUCCUUUCUUUGUUACAGAACAACUAAACAGGGCUCUGAUUUGUAAA